UUCCUUGUGUGUUUUUUUGUGAAGUGCGGCCACACUGGAGAAAUUUUCUGGUAGUAGCUGUGCUGUGAAAAAUAUUUAUAGUGAAAAAUAUACUUGAAAGCCACUUGCCCUUCUUUGGUGGAAAAUUGAAGCACAGUAAUUGCGCAGCAAAACCAAACCAAACAGAAACAAAAACAUAAACAUGGGCGAUUCUAUGAAUAUCGACAGCAUCAUAUCAAGACUUUUGGAAGUGCGUGGGGCACGGCCAGGCAAAAACGUUCAGCUCUCCGAGAACGAAAUUCGUGGCCUCUGUCUGAAGUCGCGAGAGAUAUUUCUCUCGCAGCCCAUACUGUUGGAGCUAGAAGCACCGUUAAAGAUUUGCGGCGACAUACAUGGCCAAUAUUACGACUUGCUGCGUUUGUUUGAGUACGGUGGUUUUCCACCCGAAUCGAAUUACCUGUUUUUGGGCGACUAUGUGGAUCGUGGCAAACAGUCGCUGGAAACCAUCUGCUUGCUGCUCGCCUACAAGAUCAAAUACUCGGAGAACUUCUUUUUGCUGCGUGGUAACCACGAGUGCGCCAGCAUAAACCGCAUCUACGGUUUCUACGACGAAUGCAAGCGCCGUUACACUAUCAAAUUGUGGAAGACAUUCACGGACUGCUUCAACUGCUUGCCAGUGGCAGCCAUUGUGGAUGAGAAGAUAUUCUGUUGCCAUGGCGGUCUCAGUCCCGACCUCUCAUCGAUGGAGCAAAUUCGACGCAUUAUGCGUCCAACGGACGUGCCAGAUCAAGGACUGCUUUGCGACUUGCUAUGGUCCGAUCCCGAUAAGGAUACCAUGGGCUGGGGCGAAAACGAUCGUGGUGUCAGCUUCACCUUUGGCGCCGAAGUUGUGGCCAAGUUCUUGGAGAAGCACGAGUUCGAUCUCAUUUGCCGCGCCCAUCAGGUGGUCGAGGAUGGCUAUGAGUUCUUCGCAAAGCGUCAACUGGUCACGCUCUUCUCGGCCCCCAAUUACUGUGGCGAAUUUGACAAUGCUGGUGCGAUGAUGUCUGUGGAUGAAUCACUAAUGUGUUCAUUCCAGAUCUUGAAACCAGCAGAUAAACGUAAAAAGUAAUGUCACCAAUAAACUCCCUAAACCAACACAAAAACACACACACACUUUUCUAUUCAAUGCAGGCAAACAACAACAAGAAACCAAUAAGAAAUUAUAUGAUUCAACCAAUGGCAAAUCUAAUUUUACAAACAGCACCACAAAAUACUGACGACCGAGGGAGGAACCGAAUGCUCGGCGUUAAUAAGAAACAAAAUAUGCAAUCCAAUCCAGGAUCAAAUAUUAUCUUUUAAGAAAUAAAGAGAUUUUCUUAAACUAAAAAAACAAUACAAAAAAAACAUUCACAAGCAUUCGAACCAGGCAUAAACUUAUGUAGAAACCAUUUAUUUCGAUUAACAUAUACCUACACCUACACUUAUAUCUAUACCAUAGUCGUUUAGCGACCUACACAUAUGCAUGUACAUAUAUGUUUUGUCCAAUUUUAACACGAGAGACUAAAACGUUAGUACAAGAAAAUUCACAGAAAUCAACAGACAUUUUGACAGGCAUACGGACAACGUGACUGAAGGAAGCACAGCCAGUCACAAAAAUGUAGAAGGGCCUUGUAAAAAACAGCUAUUUGGCCUUAAAACUAUGACAUUAAUAAUUGAGGAACGGGAUGAAAGUAAUUAAAGAAUGAACGCUUGCCAAGAAGUUAAACUAAACACUAAGUUUUGACCUUAAAAUUAUACAUCAGUUUAUGUUCGUCCAGCAGAAUGCUGUCUAUAAAUAUUGGUACAUUACUCAUGUCCGCUAUUGUUUUCCAAUUUCGAUACAGCUGUUAUAAUUCGAUCCAUACUUACGUACAUUGUAAUUUGUGUUUAUCAUCCUGUAUCAUUUUUAAGAUGUGUUUAAACAAAGUAAAUUUCUAUGAUUAAUAUGUAUUACCAAUAAUCCUUUAUAUUAAUAAACAAAUGAUAUACAAUGUGUAUGAAUUAUA